AGACCACCUGACGCCCACCCGUGCCCGCCCUCCUCCUCCUCCUCCUCCUCCUCCUCCUCGGGAGGAUAAAUGCUGCAGGCUGGCUGCCCAGUUGCCAGCUGCCAAGUUUGUUCCCCCCCGGCACGCAGGACCAGGGCCUGUCCCAGGGCCCUCCUUGCUGGCUCCUGAGCCUCCAACCCUCUCUCUCCCACCCGCCCCGUCCAGCACAGAGAACAGAUUCUCUGGGAAGAUGUGGAGGAAGCCAGUGCUGCUGUGGAUUUUGGGGAGCGCCUGGCUCUGCGUCCCGGCAAAGGGAGCUGUCGUGGGUCUGCUGGAAGACGACAUUGUGACUCCUGGUGCUGAAGGCAGUGUGCUGACUCUGGGUGCAGAGGACAAUGAGGUGACCACGGCCCCUACCGAGGGGCCCCAGUUGCUAACAAGGGCCCAGAGCACAACAAAGACUCACCUAGAAGAUCUGCCCACGCCAAGCGGCUCAGUUGAUGGUCACAAAGACAGCCAGAGCUCUACAACCACACACCCGGCCACACACCGCCCUGUGGAUAAGACCAGCCACCCUGACAGAGAUAAGGUGGCUGGAGAGACGCAGACCACAGACAAGGAUGAUGGUCUGGCCACGGUGCCCCUGGUGGGCAUCAUCGUAGGGGUCUUAUUAGCCAUUGGCUUCGUUGGAGUGAUCAUCAUAGUGGUGAUGCGGAAAGUUUCUGGAAGGUUCUCGCCCUGAAGGACUGAAGGAAGAGCCCAUCUGAGCCAUUUCUGAUUCCCUCUGCUUCUCGCCCCCCUGUUUGUGGGAGACGAUGACCCCCCGGACUGCUGGCCAACCCCCCUCCCAUCCCGUGGUGAGCCAGCCACUUUGCCAAAAAGAAACCGGAGCAGGGAGAAUUCACCAGACUCAGCUCCUCUAAGGAGCUGCAUAUAUAUAUAUAUACAUAUAUAUAUAUAUAUAUGCAUCAAACAUAAGUUUUAUAUUAGAGGACUUAAACAGCCAGAUGCAUAGAAAUAAAUGGAUGUCAGGAGGCUAAGAUCUGAAGAUGGCAGGUCGAAGCCAGCCCAGGCAGAAAAGUCCAUGAGUUUCGUAUUUCUAAUGGACCAGCAAAAAGCUAGUAG